AUGCAGCCUGGCCGACCCAUUGCUCUUGAUGCGCAAGACCACACCACCUCAGGCUCAGACGAAAGCUCAAGAUUGUCCUCGCGUGAACAUGUCGCCACCCUCCUGGGUAUCCCAAGCGAGAUCUUCCUGCAUAUCAUCUCAUACUUGAGUGCGGCCGACGUCCUAGCAGUCCGUCAGACUUGCAUCAGAGCAAACCACCUCACGCGCGACAGACUGCUCUGGCUUGAUCUCUUGCACACCACUAAUGGUCAACUUCCUCUGCCAUCAGCCGUCGCUCGCGACCCCAAUGCGACUGCUCGUGAUUUGUCCAGCACCGAAAUAGAACGUCUUGUACUUUCUUACCAUUGCGUUGAGCGUACUUGGCUCCGUCGGCGAGUGUCUUCAGUAACCCUUGAGCCUCGGCCAAAAGGCAGUGUCGACCUAGAAUUCGACAGCCACACUGAUGGCUCGAGGACCAUUCUAGCUCUCGAUGUUUUCCUCGACCGAUUUCUUCUUUGUGUCUAUCAUGAACGUCUUAUCGAAGUGUGGGACCUCCUGCCCAAUAAUGUCCUACAUACACUCGGAAAGUCAGCAAAUGCAACCGAAUCAAGACCAUUGCUCUGCGCAAGCAAGCCCGUGCUCGGGACCGGUUUGUUUACUUCAUGUUGUGCAUGCUUGGAUGGCUCUCAACGUGUUGUCCAUGUCGCGGUGACUUCUCAUGAUGGAAGUACCUUCCUUCGUGUAGGGAUGCCACAUGAGAAAGACCUGGGGACAGUACCACAAAUCAACAUCCGUAUCUCGCCUGCACUUCAGUUGCCCAAUCUGACGAUGCUAGUUCGGGCUAUCUGCCCGACUUCGAAAUUCGCAUUUUUAUCGUAUUCGAAUGUGUGUACCCUUGCGAGUCAAGAAUUGCAGGUACUAUACAAGCUGGACAUCCCGGAGCGUGACGAAGAUGAAGUGCAAUGGAAUGGGGUUAUUGCGGCUAGAUUCAUUACCGAAUAUCAUAUUCUCUGCGUCAGGACGCGCUCGGUGGAAUUAUACACGCUCCCAACGAACUACAAAGUCAAUGGGUCGUCUGCUCCUCCUGCUGAGGUUGUACGCCUUCCUGCACAAGCAGUGACCCACGAUUUCCCUCGCACAACCUUCCGCGGUGCAUCCGUCUCGGAGCCUCAACGAUCUCUAAAUCCAUCGCAACGUCUACAUUCCUCUGAAUCACCGUCUGAGGCCGACAUCAUUCGCACCACGGUAUCCUUCCUUGCAUACGAUGUGCUCCGCGGGCUCUUCCACUACCGCGUAUCCCUACUCCUCCCCGUACCCACCCCCGGUGGCGGCAUAUUCCAAGACCCUCCGCCGCCACACAUGACUGUCCAUCUACUCGCUGCUCGCCAUAUGGCGCUACCCUACAAUCCAUCCACCGUGAACAUCGGGUCAGGCGUUCGUGUCCCUAGGAGUGGGUUGACGCCAGGCUCUCGCGGGUUUGUCUCGGCAUGUACCCUUGGACCGCGGGGCAUGCGUGGUAUCUGGGUCGAGCGCCGCAGAGGAAGCGUCCAGCGAGGCGUGCUAGGGUUCAAGUCUUCCCCGGAUGUGGCGCUGUCAUUUGGCGGCCGCCCGAGCGAGCAGGAUGAGACCGUCAGCGACACUCAAGCGUCUACCAGUGAAAACGAAGGGACUGGUGAGGGAACGGAGGAGGAAUUGAAUUGGUGGGAGGAUCCUGGCGAGCGCACCCUUCGCGGUGAGACGAUUUACGAAGUGUUUUCGCCUGACCUACGAGACGAUAUCACACAUUGUGCGUUCUCCGAGGCAACAGGAAGAGUCAUCCUGGGUACGCGUCACGGAGAACUUCAACUGCUAUGA